AUGUCUCCAUUCCAGAAAGCACACAUACUCUGGAAACUCCAAUCACGAUCCACUUGGGAGUUGAAUUUUGUUCUUCUUUCUGCUCUCUUUCUGGUCCCUUUGGCAAGAAGCGACAAUGGUAAUAAAUUCAAUGACUUCCAACUACAGUAUGACAAGAAAGCGGACCGUAGUUCAAUGUUGUAUUGCUUCGUGUUCAAUGGUAAAAUCGCGAAUGUGGAUCCAAAUAAUGAAGAGAAAGGAUAUAAAUGCGAAGUGAACAUGCAGACUUGGACAAAAGACGACGACCACGCAAAGGAUUAUUGCGAAAGCAGAUUCCCGUACUACAUUAUUGGAGCAAAGCCAACAGCAGAAGCAACAACAACCUGCACAUUCCAAAUCAACCUAAAAUGUGCUGACGACUACUGGCAAAUCCAUGGAAAAUGCUACAAACUUUUUGAUCAGAAAUACACGUGGGAAAAAGCAAUCGAGCAGUGCUCCGCCAAUACUCAAGGAAAAGAUCCUCUGAUGAAACCGAAAGUUGCUCACUACUAUUCCAUCACGAUGAAUAAUUAUCUCCAAGAUAUGAUCGGUAUUCUUGAUGCAUGGGUUUACGUUUCGGAUCUCAGAGACUAUUUUGUGAAUGGAAAAGGGAAUGCGGCGGUGUAUGUUCAAGAUGGAGCAUAUAAAUUUGAUACCAGAAAAGGAGAUAUUCUCAUGGAUGAUCAUCUUUCAAAACAUCAAGUAAUAUGCGAGUAUACUCCUGGAAUGACAAUGGCUGAGAUGUUUUAUUUGGCUGAUAUUUACAGUGAGAUAUAUCCCAUCCAUGUUUAUACUGGUGGAGCAAUCAUUCCUUCUGCCAAUUUUAUGACAGUUCUCCAAACAGGCUUACGUCCCAUCAACGACCAAUCCAACUACGAUGGUAAAGCUGAAAAAUUCACGACUGAUAACAUUGGAGAUAUUUGUACGAGUAUUGGAAACAUUCUCAAUGUUAAUAGUUAUCCAAUGACUGCAAUUGAAGAAGAGUUCAAUGAUGUCAAGAGUUAUCUGAAGGAUCAACGAUUCUUUUUAACUAAUGCAUUUAAGAAUGACGGUUGUUCUCUGAAAGAUUUCAAACAAAAGAAUGGAAACGAUGCUGACUACCAGUUGUAUCAGGGUAAACAACGAGGAAAGGACAACUACUGUCACUCACAUAGUCUGAGUUUCAACAAGGAUGGUCGGUUCCCAACAAUGGCUGGAAUGAGAGCGCCUGCUCUCUGCACUCUUCAUUAUCCUACCGCUAUUAGGAAAUGUGAGGACUUUGGGGCGGCACUCUCUGGUUUCGAUUCUUAUGACGAGUAUAAGAAGGUUUUGGAUAAAUUGAAGCCGAAUCCUGCGAAGAAUCCAGGGUCAGUGUUAUCUCACUAUUUCCUCGGAGGACGAGCUCCAUGUAAAGUGGAUUGUGAUAAUGGGGCAAAUCGAUACUUAGCUAGUUGGGACAGCAAUGUAGCCGUUAAUACGACGUUCCUCAAUUCUUAUAACUUCAGACAAUUGUCGGCAAAAGAGGUAGCUCGUAUAUCUGUUCGAGAGGAUGAUAAUGCCUUUCAUCUUCACGAUUUCCACGAUUUCUCGAUUCAGUUUUAUGUCUGCGGCAAAUCGGCAAACUUCAAACGUUCGGAUAGAAUCAAGUCUGGACUGAAAGUGAUCGGAAAAUAA